UUAUGGAUUUUGUUUUGGUUCUUCUCCAUCUCCUAGCUUAGUGUAGCUUGCUGCUCUGGAGCUGUUAUUUUAUUUCUGAUGUUUUUUUCUUUAAUUGACAGAAGAUGAAGAAGUUCUUUGACGACAUUAAAAAGGACAUGAAAUUUAAAUCUGCAGGACCCGGGAAGAAGUUAACAGAAGAUGCAAGCAGUAAGCCUGCGGUGGUGCCGAGCAGCUCCAGCACCAAGCAGAGUCGGCAUGCGCCCACCGAAGGAGCGCAGAGGGCAGGGGCCGCGGCCCUGGCCCGGGUCGAGCAGAAGCACCGGCCCAAGGUGCACACCUCCCAGGACGCCAUCAGGAACCAGGUUAAAAGAGAGCUGGAGGCGGAGGCAGCGGCUCUGGCUGAGAAGGACAAUGCAGUGACGGCUGAGGGAUCCAAAGUGAAAGACCCGGCCUGCCUCUCUGUGUCCGGCGUUUACUUCACCUGCCCUCUGACCGGAGCCACGUUAACCAAGAGUCAGAGGGAGGUGCACAUUAAAGAGGCCAUUCUGAUGCGCUUCGAGGAGGACGAUAUCGAGGCUUCUGUCAUGAUGGUCCACACAUUUAACAAAGACAGAGAGAAAGUGAAGGCAGCUGUGGACAUCAUCAGCAAGUAUGUUGACAAUAUAUGUAAGAAUCCAUCAGAGGAGAAAUACAGAAAGAUAAAAGUUAGCAACAAGGUGUUCCAGGAAAAGGUUCGUCCUGUGGAGGGCAGUCGGGAGUUUCUGCAGGCUUUGGGCUUUAUAAGUGUUAUGCUUCCUGUGGAGGGCCAAGAGGAGGAAGAGGAGUUCCUGGUGUUGCCGGAGCAGAGCGACGACGCCCUGGAGCUGAUGAAGGAGCGGAGGGACCGCCUCCAGAGGGGAGAGCCGGUCAGAGCCCAGCUGGACCGGCAGCCUCAGGCUUUCCGAUCGUCUCCCAACGCGCAGCGCUUCGAGCUGCCGCCCGAGUUCUACAACCUAUCGGCGGAGGAGCUGAAGAAGGAGCAGCAGCAGAGAACUGAACUGGUGGAGAAGAACGCCAUGCUUCGCACAAAAGCCAUGAGGGAGAAGGAGGAGCAGAGGGAGAGGAGGAAAUACAACUACACCCUGCUCAGAGUCAGACUGCCUGAUGGGAACCUGCUGCAAGCCACGUUUUACGCCUGGGACCGUCUGCCGGCGCUCUUUGAAUUCGUCCGGGAGUCUCUGGUGGACGGCUGGCAGCCGUUUGAGCUCAUCGCCCCCGGAGGGCAAAAGCUGCAGGAGUCUGAGGAGGUCACUCUGGUCGAAUGUAACUUGGUUCCCGCUGCCCUGCUCACGUUUGCCUGGGAUGCAGCCGUGCAGGCGGACAUUGCCGCUGCAGGCGGGAAGAGCUCCGCCGCCCUCCUCAAACCGGAGCUGCUGGAGAGAAUUGAGACCCUGAGCUGAGCGGAGAGAGGGCGCCCUUUGACCCCCUACUACCUCCUCCCUCUUCCUCUCUCGCUGCUGAGGUGAAGUUGCCCCUUGGAGUAGUUCUGUAUUUAUUUUUACAAAUUCUACUUAAAGUUAAAGAUAGUAGCGUGGGGGCAACUUCACCCUAAGGGAUUUGUUUUAAACUUACCCCCCUCUUUCUCUUUCUCUCUCCAUGUGGAGACGCAGUCGCCCUCCAACUUGUCUCAGCAGCCAUUUGUAUUAAAGGAGAGACACUAACAUGUAACGGACAUGUCUGUCUUUAUGUCUCCCCCGUCCCCUCGGUGUCUCAGUUCAUUGUAGAAGUUGCAUCGUUCGGUUCGGUUCGGUGGUUUAAUGGAAGUCUUGAACAGACCGCUUUCUUUCGUCAGUGUUCAACGUGAACUCCGUGUCGGCUGUGUGAACUCGUCACGUGACUCCGUAACUGUAAACGCGCACGUGAGCUCCUGCUGCCUGUUUGUCGUGUGCUCGGCCGUGGUGUGCCGCUCUUUCCCGUGUUGUACAGCAGAUUCUGCAGCCUCAGUGGGAGCACGAGACCGUUGAUGAAUCAGAAGUCAAAGAUUGUUUUCAUAUUGACCGGACGAACGUGGAGAGUUUAAUAGCAGUACUUAACAUCACGGUGCUAGCUUGUGCAUCUUGAUAAACUAGAGAAACCUUCAAAAGGUUUGAUUAAGUUCAGUUAAUUAAAGCUUGCAGCUAUAAAAACCGCAAAUUCAGUUUCUAUCGACAUUGAAGCUAUCACAAUGUAUUUUGAUGGAAAUGUCUGACUACUGAACAGUAGAUCCAUGGAUCAGGGUUGGUCGGAUCAUCUUGGUUUUCUGCUAAGGAAGACUGGGUUGCUUUAAAGCUGCAAUAAGCAACUUUUCUGAAAAUAUCAGACUUCAUAAAACCUCAAAUCGUCACUAACUGUGGAAACUUUCCGCCCUUUGCUGAAGCAUCUCUGAUUUUGGGCAUCGCCAUUCUGUCCUCCACACUCCAAAAUCUCAAUUCCCAAAUAAUUUGCAAAAUGUAAUUUUUGCUAUUUAUUUGGGUCAGUUGCUUUGGUCUGUGUCAUAUCCAUAUCUUGAAUCUCCUCAAACAAAUUAUUUCUGUAUGUUAAAAAAAAAAAAAAUUAGAUUUUUCUCAGAAACUGAAUUUUUGGGUUUUCAUGAGCUGCGAGACAUAAUUAUCAAACUUACAAAUAAAUGCCUGAAAUAAUCAGCUGUCUAGUGUUGGACCUGCAGAGUUAGAGUCUGACUUCCUGAAUUUUAAAAUGACUUAAGAAUAAUCUUAAUUGAUUGAGACACACCUGUAUUUUAGUUGCUUAAAGCACUUUGAAGGAACAUUUGACAGCUGUAGAAAAUCAAAAGAUGGAUUAAUGUUGUAAUAAUAAUCUCUUUGUUAUGGCCACUAAGGGGAUAAACUGCAAUAAUCCACAAGCUGUUAUGGAUUAUCAGUAAAGCUUAUGUUGUCUCCAUCAUUAAUUUAACUUUUUUUUUUUUCUGAAAUGUGUUUUGUUGAACAUUGCGAUUCCACCUUGAAGUCUUGUGUUUGUUGAGGGUUUACAUUAGAUGUAUGGGAACAAUCACCAAGUAGAGCUGCAACACUAUGCUUAUUUUUCACUGCCUCACCUCACUCCGGUGUCACUUUUUAUUUUCCGUUAAGUUUGAGUUCAAUAAUGAAAAAAACCCAAACAUCUUCACUCUGAGAUGAGAUUCUUCUCUACAAAAUAUUUAAAUAACACGUUCUCCAUGAAAAUCACAUCUCCUCGUUUCAAUCUUCCACCUCAUAACUUGCAGGUUGGAUUGUGUUGCUAAUUGGUUGGUGUAGAUAACUUUGUACCUCUCAUCAUUCAGACUGAUAAACCAUUGUGAAUAAUUUUUACAUCUUUAUGUUAUAUCUGCUGCAGCUGCCAGUCAGAAGAGGAAGAUUUUCUGUCCAAAUCCUGAUAUUUGUGGAAGAAACUCGCUGCUUGUUUCUCCGCUCUUCCAGUUUUAGCUCGACAACCUGCCACCAACACUCGGGUUUCAAUAUUUGAUCAGCAUUGUAACCUUUAAUAAAUUGUUUAGCAGCUGUGAUUUAAAUGUCAUGCUUUGAGUUGUGCUGUUGCUUUUCAACCUGCCUGUUCUAAAGAGACUCCAAUCUGCGUAUUUUUCUUAAAUAAAAAUCAUAAGUCCGUG